GUCCCUGUUAUCAAGCGUCAUCCUAAUUCCCGCGGGGCGAUCCCCUUCGACCUUGGGUCUCGUGCGGUCUCGUGCUAUUGCUAUUGUUCAAACUUCACCAUAUUUCCGCACAAUCCAAUUCGCGUCUCAUGGCCUGAAAUUCUUUCUUUUACCUGAGAUCACAAACAUCUUCAGGCCUACCUAAAUCGCCAUCAAGCUCCGUCGAGUCAGAACAACCCGCCCAACAUGUCGUGGAAGGCGUCCGAGCGGUUGAUGGAUACUAUCCGUCACUACUCUAACUUUCCUGCUACGGGAGUGAGUUUAAGGCAAAUGGUACAAUUUGGCGAGCGGCCAUCUAUAGGAACACUAUUUCGCGCCUCCCAAUUCCUCGCCGAAGAGCUUCCAAUUCGACUUGCGCAUCGAGUCCAAGAGCUCACCCACCUUCCAGAUGGACUUAGUGAGAUGCCAUCGGUUAGGAAAGUACAGGAUUGGUACGCGCAGUCGUUUGAGGAGAUUAUCAACUUAGGACGACCUGAGCUAUCAAGAGAUGUAAAAGACCGACUCCUAAACCCAGGCAAAUUCAGCAAUGGUAGAGCAUCUCUACUUUCCGAAACUACUCCCAACCCAAGCAUCCGCGAAGGCCAAUAUGCCUCAGCGCCACCUACACAAAUCGGCUUAGGUACCAACGGCAAGAAAUACCAAGCUGCAAGAAGAUACUUCGCUAUGGUGGAUGACACUGGCGAUUGGCCACCAGAGCUGCAGGCAUAUAACUCGAAAUUCGCGCAAACAUUACAUAAGAUCAAGAGGAGGCACGAUGGCGUCGUUACAACAAUGGCUCAGGGCAUAUUGGAAUAUAAACGAAGACGGCAACGGAUGCAAAUCGAUAAUAAUAUCCAAUCCUUCUUAGACCGUUUCUAUAUGUCCCGAAUAGGCAUUCGUAUGCUCAUUGGACAACACAUCGCCUUAACCGAUCAAAGCCACCAUCGAGAUCCUACUUAUGUCGGCAUAAUCUGCACGAGAACAAACGUGCGGGAUCUAGCGCAAGAAGCUAUCGAGAAUGCUCGGUUUGUAUGCGAGGAUCAUUAUGGACUUUUUGAGGCGCCAAAGAUUCAGCUCGUCUGUAACCCCGACCUUAACUUCAUGUACGUGCCAGGUCACUUAUCGCAUAUGCUCUUCGAGACUUUGAAGAAUUCAUUAAGAGCUGUCGUCGAGACCCACGGGCAGGACAAGCAGGAGUUUCCCGUGACAAAGGUCAUUGUUGCCGAAGGAAGGGAAGAUAUCACAAUCAAGAUUACCGACGAAGGUGGUGGAAUUCCUCGAAGCGCCAUUCCGCUGGUAUGGACAUACAUGUACACCACUGUAGACCGGACGCCGAAUUUGGAUCCUGACUUCGAUAAGAGCGAUUUCAAGGCACCAAUGGCAGGCUUCGGUUACGGUUUACCAAUUUCGAGACUUUAUGCUCGGUACUUUGGUGGUGAUUUGAAAUUAAUCAGCAUGGAAGGUUACGGAACAGACGUUUACCUACACCUAAACCGUUUAUCGAGCUCCUCGGAGCCCCUUCAAUAGCAAUCAGCAGUCAUGAGGGAGUGGGGAUCAUCCCAAGG